AUGCUUCUUCAGCAGCGAAGAGGAGCGACGCCGGCGCCGGGAAGGUCGCUCCGGCAGGUUUAUCCGGGCCGGAGAGUGACGCAUUGGGGAGUUUUGCAGUGGAUGCGCGUUUCUCUGAGUGGAUUUUGGUCGCGCUCUUCUGGUAACCUAUGUAUGUUCGGAAUAGGAUCUUCGAAUUACAGGUUUACAAUAGCUGGGAAUGAAAAGGAUAAUGGUUGUGGAAGUGGAUCUGAUGGGGAGGGUUUGUCCCUUAGAAACUUAAGCCAAGGUGCUUGCACUACUUUUCUUGGACACACGGAUAAGUUUGAAUUGGAAUAUGGGAGUCACUGUGGUAAUGGUAGUUGCAAUCCUGUUGGUGGUAGUGGUGGAGAAUUGCCUGAUUUAAUGCUGCUUCAUGCCACUCAAUGUGCGGAGAGGCAGAAGGUUCAGAUGCUAUUGGGUUUUCCCGAAUCCAGCUACCAGGAUGCUGUGUUUCCGUUUCAUCCAAAUACGACAUUGGUUUCUGAGGGGAUGUGGGAUGAGAAGGAGAAUCAACUAUGUGCGGUUGCAUGCUGGAUCUUGAACUUCACUGAAUCUUCGGUUAAUCCUUAUGUUGGAGAUUGCAAGAUUAGGCUCAGUUUCAGGUUUCCUGCAGUUUUAUCUUUGAGGAACAGGAGUACGGUUUUGGGGCAGAUUUGGAGUGACAAAGUGGUUGGUGAAUCUGGGUACUUUAGGAAGGUUGGAUUUCAGGGUUCAUCAAGGGUAUCAAAAAGCCUCCAAGGUUUCCAAUACAACAUGUUAGUGACAAACAGCAGAAGGCAAGUAGCUCCAGGACACUCAUCGCCACUAUUUGUCGGUGAUCAAAUUCAUAGUGGACAGUCAUAUGGGGUUCCAUUUGUGUUGACAACAGGAAAUCCGAAAGCACGUGGUAUUCAAACAGAUAAUUUGUUGAAUGUCAGCUAUACAAUAAGCUUUAAUUCCCCUGCUGAUUUCAAGUUUGGCAGAGGAGUCUCAUCAACCAAAGUCAAAAUUGGGGCUGAAGGAAUUUACAAUAGGAAUACUGGAGUUUUGUGUAUGAUAGGAUGUCAGCAUUUGAGGUCAACAGACAAAAUACUGAUAAAGAAUGAGACUCUGGACUGUGAAUUCAUGGUUAAUGUUCAGUUUCCUCCAUUGAAUGCAAAAGGAGGUGAAUCUCUUACAGGAACUAUAGAAAGCACACGACAAAUGUCAGACCCUUAUUAUUUUGAUCCCCUUCAGUUGUCUUCAUAUUCCAUUUACAGAAACCAAGCAGGAUUGCAACUUCUCCAUGAGAAAAAGCACCCGGAUGUCCUUCCUUACAUUUCUGUUGUGAUGCUCACUGUUAUUACUCUAGGACACAUGAUUCCCCUGAUAUUGAACUUUGAAGCUUUAUUCAUGGGGAACGACAGCGUGCAGAAUACUUUUCUUGGUAGUGGAGGCUGGCUUGAAGUGAAUGAGGUAGUCCUGAGGAUGGUGACAAUGGUAGCCUUUCUUCUUGAGUUGUGCCUUGUACAAUUGAUCUGGUCCUCAAGACAGGGUGAGGGAAGCCAUCCUGGUCUGUGGGGUUCUGAAAAAAAAGUUCUUUAUAUCACUUUACCAUUGUACAUUGGUGGUGGACUGACUGCUUGGUUGGUGCACAUAUGGAAGACUUCUCACCAAAAAAGAUUUAGACCAUUCCAACUUUCACGCCACAAGUUUAGGCUUCCUCGAGAACAUUUUUACCGACCUCCUUCCCUCUGGGAAGACUUUAAAUGUUAUGCCGGUUGGCUCCUGGAUGGUUUUCUGCUCCCACAGAUUCUGCUUAACAUAAUAUUUAACUCAGAUGGGAAACCUCUAGCAUCUUCCUUUUAUGUUGGGACAACCAUUGUUCGUAUACUGCCCCAUGCAUACGAUCUUUAUAGAGCCCACAGUUCGGCAUGGUACCUUGAUUUAUCAUAUAUAUAUGCAAACCAUAGAAUGGAUUUUUAUUCCACAGCCUGGGACAUCAUAAUCCCUAGUGGUGGUAUUUUGUUUGCUCUCCUUGUAUACUUUCAGCAGAGAUUUGGUAGUCGGUGCAUUCUUCCAAAGAGGUUCAGAGAAAGUACUGCUUAUGAGAAAGUACCUGUUAUUGGCAAUGACGAUUUAUGA